AUGAAAUGCCACUACUGGAUCAAGGCCCCAUUCGGUAAAACGGUGCAAGUGAAAUUCGUAAACUUCACUGAUGGAAUUGCCGUCGAUGGAUGCACGUAUGCUGGAGUUGAAAUCAAAACACAUGAAGACCAACGUCGCACGGGUUACAGAUUCUGCUCAAAAGACGACGCAAACACCAUACUCAAUUCGACCUUGAGCACUGUUCCUAUAAUAACCUACAACCGAAUCUACGCCACUGUCACGAAGUUGGAGUACCGCGCAGUUUAG